UUUUUUAAACGUUAAAUAUUUGCAUCAAAUGUAGCUUGUGCUUCUCCAAAGUGAAGUGUUCUCUUCAUGAGGACUCAGACUUGAUGUGAGGAUGGGACACACUUUCCUCUGUGAGCUGCAGUUUCUCUUGCUGAUCAGACUUUUCUGGUGUGGACACGCUGAAGCACAAAACCCCAAAGCCAGACUGACAGCAGGUCCAUCAACCAUAUCAGUAGGAGGCAGCGUGACACUGAGCUGCUCUGUGGACGGUUCUGAUGGAUGGAAAUAUGAGUGGUACAGCUGGACAUCAAACACUAAUGUGACACCAGCAGCUGAUGGAGACAACAGAGAAAUCAGAGUCACACAAGGAGGCGUCUACACGUGCAUAGGAAGAAGAAAAGACACAGCUUUCUACACUCAAUACAGUGAUUAUGUCACCAUUGAGAUAACUUAUUCAAAUUCUGUGUCUGUGAGUCUACAACUGGACUGGACUCAGGUGAUCAGAGGUCAGAUCACUGUUAGAUGUGAGAUCCAGGGAGGUGGAGACACUCAGUGGGUUUAUUACUGGGAAACAACCAGUGGACAAACAAUCACACAGAGAACAGACACUAAUUACUGGACAGUGUCUGAGUUCAGCAGUGGAGGCUACAGGUGCAGAGGAACAAACAGACAGGACCCAUAUCAUUCAACACGGUGGAGUGAAGCUGCUGCACUGAAAGUAUCGGGUGCUGUGUUGACCUUUGACCCCAGCAGGUCCAGGUAUUUUACUGGAGAGUCUGUGACCUUCACAUGUGACAUGAAGGACAGGAAACGCACUGAGUGGGAAACCAGACUCAUCAAAGAUGGAGGAGAAAUAGCUUCAUAUAGUGGAUACAGAACAAAAGCUCUGUCUACAAGAGACAGUGGUAGAUACCAGUGUUUUAGAGUCCACAGGAAAACAAAUCACAUAAAAACCAGUGCAACCAUCUAUUUAACUGUAUCAGAUAAACCCAAACCCAGACUGACAGCAGGUCCGUCAACCAUAUCAGUAGGAGGCAGCGUGACACUGAGCUGCUCUGUGGACGGUUCUGAUGGAUGGAAAUACGACUGGUUCAGAUCAGAAGCUCUGAUCAGAACAAACACUGAAUCUAGAAUCAGAAUCACAGAUGGAGGCAACUAUUACUGCAGAGGAGGAAGAGGAAACCCAGUUUACUACACACAGAACAGUGUCUCAGUCACUGUUGAGGAAAGAGUUUCCAACAAGGCUGCUGUAAAAAGGCAGCAUGACUGGCCUGAGAUAUUCAAAGGAGAGGAGAUCACUCUGACAUGUGAGAUCCAGGCUGGAGGAGACACUGAGUGGGAAUAUGAAUGGACCCAAGGCAACGUAAGAAGAACUGCAGAUGGGAGGAAACUCUGGGUUUUCACUGCUUCUGGUUCCAGUAGUGGAGACUACAAGUGUAGGGGUCGACAGAAAACCAGUUAUUCCUCAACAGCAUGGAGUGAUCCUCUACGUUUGACAGUAACAGAUAAAGCCCAGUGUGUCCUCACAGCGUCUCCAUCUUGGCUGAGUCCUGGAGCCUCAGUAGCUCUGAGCUGUGAGGUUGAGCCUCCAUCUGCAGGAUGGAGGUUCUACUGGUACCAGACUGUUCCUGAUGGCUCACACAGCUCCUACAGAUAUGAGCUGCUACCUGGUAGUGAGCAUGGGACUGAACAGGGCUCCUACAUGCUUGAUGGACACACACACACAGCAGGAUAUGUGUGUAGAGCUGCAAGAGGAGAACCAGUGUAUUACACUGACUACAGCAAAGCAGCAUUCGUCUGGUCUGGAGAUGUUGAUCCGUCAGCGUCUCUCACAGUGAGUCCUGACACAGUUCAACACUUCACCCGUGACUCUGUGUCACUGAGCUGUGAGGGAAACUCUACUGAGUGGAGAGUCAGGAGGUUUCCUGAAGGAGGCUUCCUGUCAUCCUGCUCCUACUGGACAACAUCUGGAUCCAGAUGUGACAUCAUCACAUCACAGUCUGGUUCUGCAGUGUUCUGGUGUGAGUCUGGAUCAGGACACUUCAGUAACUCAGUCAACAUCACUGUUCAUGAUGCAGGUCCAGGUUUGAUCCUGAUGAGUCCUGUCCGUCCUGUGACUGAGGGACUCUCUGUGAGUCUGAGCUGUAAGUUGAAGACAGGACAAAAAGCUUCCAGUGUGUUUUUCUAUCACAAUGAGCAACUGAUCCAAAACGACAGCAGAGUAGAGCUGAACAUCUCUGCAGUGUCAAAGUCACAUGAAGGUUUCUACAAGUGUUGGUACCAAGGAACAGAGUCUCCACAGAGCUGGAUGGCAGUGAACGUGGUGUCCAGGUCUGACAGCUUCUCACUCCCUGAGUCGUUGAUCGUUGGGUUGGUUUGUGGAGUGUUUCUGGUGAUUGUCCUGCUUCUGUGGUCUGGAUACCAAACGUUCAAAGGCUGGUGGAUCAUCAGGUCUAAGAGAACCAAUCAGAGCUCUGCUGCAGAUCACAUGACCAAGAAAGAAGCGCUGCACACCAAUGGUGAUUUGUGUCUGUAUGAAUCAGUCAAAGGCUCAGAAGAUGCUGAAAAAGAUGAAUCCAACAACGUCACAUAUGCUGCAAUUGAGUUUAAAAACAUUGCAAACAGUGAGAGGAUUCACAGAGCAGCAGAGAGGUGUGUUUACUCUGAGGUGAAGGUGAAGCUUGGACCAGCAGCAGGUGAUGAUGUGGUUUAUGCCCAGGUGAGCUCCCACAGUAAACACAAGGUAGACAAAGUUCAUUUAGACCUGUGUUUUCUAGAAAACACACGUCCCAACAAAACCGUUUAUUCUGAAAUCAAGAAGAAAAAGCCGACGAUCAACAGACCCAUGGAGAUGAUGCCAAUAUGACACAAACAGCCUUGUUCUGAUCACGUUUGCAGCUUUUUUGUUCUGUAGCCGCUAUGUUUUAUACAGUAUGUUUGAUCACAGAAGCUUCACAUUUUCACACAUUAUGCUCUUCUGUGCUUUGCUGUUUGGUGCCACUUGACCUCUGACCCCCUCCUGCUGCUACUUUACAUUAAAGACACACUUUUGUUGUUUCUGUUUGA